GCAAUAGAAUAGAACCGAGGCUGCGCAUACUCAGAAGGCGGUCUGGGAGCUGAGUGCCGCGCGAUGGCGGGCACGGGCUUGGUAGCCGGGGAGGUGGUGGUGGAUGCGCUACCAUACUUUGACCAAGGCUACGAGGCGCCCGGUGUGCGGGAAGCGGCUGCGGCCCUGGUGGAGGAGGAAACGCGCAGAUACCGACCUACCAAGAACUACCUGAGCUACCUGACAGCCCCGGAUUAUUCUGCCUUUGAAACAGACAUAAUGAGAAAUGAAUUUGAAAGGCUGGCGGCUCGACAACCGAUUGAGUUACUCAGCAUGAAACGAUAUGAACUUCCAGCUCCUUCCUCUGGUCAAAAAAAUGACAUUACUGCGUGGCAAGAAUGUGUAAACAAUUCUAUGGCCCAGUUGGAGCAUCAGGCGGUCCGGAUUGAGAAUCUGGAGCUGAUGUCACAGCAUGGAUGUAAUGCCUGGAAAGUGUACAACGAAAAUCUUGUUCAUAUGAUUGAACAUGCACAGAAAGAGCUUCAGAAGUUAAGGAAACAUAUUCAAGAUUUAAACUGGCAGCGAAAGAACAUGCAGCUUACUGCUGGGUCUAAGCUGAGAGAAAUGGAGUCAAAUUGGGUGUCACUGGUGAGUAAGAACUAUGAGAUUGAGCGGACUAUUGUACAACUGGAGAACGAAAUCUAUCAAAUCAAGCAGCAGCACGGGGAGGCAAACAAGGAAAACAUCCGCCAAGACUUCUGAUGAUGCGGCAGCAAGGAAGGGAAGCGGGCUCCAGAGACUUAGCAGGGGACUCUGUCAGAGUGACUGUUGAUGACUGCCUGUUUAGACAGGAUGGACUGUGUAACUGUUGUAUUGCUUCUGUGUAUGUCUUAGCAAAAUAAAGAUUGCCAACAUGUUGCUAUUUUUAUAGCUACAAAAACCUGGGUUUUCAAAGUGAGUAUGAAUUUAGAAUAAUCUUGUCAUAUUUUCUAGCAGAAGUCCUUUUUUUUUUUUUUUCUUCAAAUUUUGUAAUGAAGCUCCUUUAUUUUUAAGGCUUACAACACGUUCAGGAAACUGGGAACCUUGAAUUUGUGUUUUGUUGAAUAAAGUUACAGUUGUAAACAUUUUA